AUGGAUCUUUGUAAAUUUGGAGUUAAACAAGAAAUACAAGCACAGUAUGGAUAUGGUGAACGUGUCAGGAAAGAAAGAUCUCAGAUUUCAUUCCACUGCAAAUAUCCAAAAUGUCCUGCACAUUUUAAUGUUGCAAUCUUGGAUCAAAAUAAAUACAAACUAAUCAAAAUAGUUGAAGAACAUGAUCAUUCCGCCCCAAAUGACAAAAGUCAAUAUUCGUCUGUCUUUUAUCGCAAAUAUUUAGAACAUUACUUCCAAACAGAUGACAAUCAAAGAGCGAUAGCACAGCUAAAUGCAUUCAAAGAUCUUGAAAUUCCUCUUACAGGUCCGUCCAUUCCAGAGAUGUACGCUCAAAAACCACGUGCAAUCAAACGAUUUGCAGAGAGAAUACAUGCUCUUCAAACUAGAUAUUCUCCUGACGAUGUUGUGUCAUUGCAAAUCUUUGUUCAGACAGUACAAGAAGAAUCUCCAGAUGAUCUCAUUGCAUUUGAAGUCUCAGACAAUAAUAUGUGUUUCUAUUACGCGCCUUUUGAAGGCAAAGCUUAUGCGCAUAGUAUCAAGACAUUUCAUAUAGACAGCACCUAUAAAUUGUUGCGAUCAAACAUUCCAUUGUAUGCAUUUACUGGCAAAAUCAAAGAUUUUCACAUUUUCCCUUUUUUAUAUUUCUUUUGUCAACCAGACACUUAUCAAAACAUUCAAGUUUGCGUGUGCGCCUAUCUCAGAUGGGUAACAAUUGAGCCAGAAUACAUUAGCAUGGACUGUGCUCCACAGAUAGCUCAAGCAAUAGAAGAAAGCAUUCCACAAGCUCAAAUACUUUGGUGCGGAGUACAUGUUCUUCGUGCAAUUCUUCGCAAAUCAAAUAAGUUUUCUUCUCAAGAAAAAUUUGAACAAUUCUAUAAUUUGAUGAAGGAUUUAGUCUUCAAAUUAGAUGCAGAACAUGAGGAAGAAGCAAAUGCUGCCUAUGAUCAAGUUCUGGAGUUGCUCGACACAGAUCCAACAGCAUCUCAAUACUUUAACAGACAAUGGCGUUACAACAUAUCAAGAUGGAUUGCUCGUGACAGGCGUGAAGGCGACGCAACUAACAAUAUUGCCGAAGCUCAUUUUAGAACACUCAAACAUGACUAUUUUCCUGAUCGAAAAAAUCUCAGA